AUGGAUUCCGAAUUAAACGUUCAUCGACUUGAAGGUAGCACGUCCACCGAAGGGGGAUUAAUUGUGACGAAAAAAUCCACUCCCAGUACACCUGCUUUCAAAGUGCCCCAAGUUUCUCUAUUUGGAUUAGACAAAUUGGCUGCACAAAAGCGAAAGGAAAGAGAAAUAGCCGCCAAUAAAAUAUCCUUCGAUAUCAACGAAAGCGAAUUCAAAGAUAGCGAUGGCCAAUCUCCCACGAAUUCAACCGAUAAAACAGAAUCCGAGUAUAAAAAAGAUGGCAUGAAAAGGAAGUUCAGGGAACCCCGAGAGGAAACGCCAACUUACACGGGAGGUAUCAGCAGAGAAGCGCGAGAUCGCCUCGUACACCGGCUGAAUAACUCCUCGAAAUCGAAGGGAGUCUAUGCAACCACGAAACACAGCAAACAUUCGGACGAUCACGAAAGAAAGCGGCACAAAGACCGAGAACGAAGUAGAAAUAGGGACAAACACCAUCACCAAAACAGAUCCCUGAGGCAUUCCGAACGAAGCGAUGCAGAGCGUACUCCGAAAUUCAAAGACGAACCGAAAACUCCCAGCAUUUACCCCAACCCCAAGGACAUUACAUCCAAAACCGCUUGGGACGAAGACGAUCCCGAGACGCCUGUGAAAAAGUCUACUUGGGAUUACCCCACACCUUUACUGCACAAAACCAAAGGGGUGGAAUGGUCGGAAAGGAGCAGCAGAUCUCAUAGAUCGUUAAGGGACAGUAAAGGUGGUAAAUAUGAGGACGACACGCCAAGACCUACUCCAGCGCAUAAGUUCAACAAUUGGGCGAAAGAUAGGAGGAAGACGGGCGCCACUCCAAAUCUCGAGGAAAAGGUUAAAUGGGAUAAUACAGUCGAUAGGGAGAAUUGGGAGGAAGAGCAGAAGCGAUUAGACCGAGAGUGGUACAAUAUGGAUGAAGGUUACGAUGAUGAGAACAAUCCGUUCGCUAGCGUCAGUGAAGAGUACACAAAAAAGAAAGAGGAACAGUUGGAACGUAGAAAGAAAAAACGCUUAUCCGCACAACAGAGACAGAUUAACAAGGAUAACGAGUUGUGGGAGCGAAACAGAAUGCUUACUUCGGGUGUCGUACAUUCCGUUGAUUAUAAUGAGGAUUUCGACGAAGAAUCCAUAGACAGAGUUCACUUGUUAGUCCAUAACAUAGUACCUCCUUUUCUGGAUGGGAGGAUAGUGUUCACCAAACAACCCGAGCCUGUUGUUCCUGUCAGAGAUCCCACUUCCGAUAUGGCUUUGGUAGCCAGAAAGGGUUCGCACUUGGUGCGAGUGUACAGGGAACAGAAGGAAAGAAGGAAGGCGCAAAAGAAGCACUGGGAAUUGGGCGGUACGAAAAUCGGUAACAUUAUGGGCAUAAAGAAAACCGAAGAUGAAGAAGAUAAGAAAUACAAUAAAGAAGACGACACGACCGAUUACAAAGCGGAUCACAAAUUCGCCGAACACAUGAAAGAUACAAGUGCGGCGAGUAGCGAUUUCGCGAGGAAAAAAACCAUCGUCGAGCAAAGGCAAUACUUGCCCGCGUUCGCCGUACGACAGGAGCUCCUGAAUAUAAUCCGGGAAAAUUCCGUGGUGAUUAUCGUCGGCGAAACCGGCAGCGGGAAAACCACACAACUCGCGCAGUAUUUGCACGAAGAGGGCUACAGCAAGUACGGAAUGAUCGGGUGCACGCAACCCCGUCGAGUAGCCGCCAUGUCUGUAGCGAAGCGAGUCAGCGAUGAAAUGGGAACUCAACUAGGAGACGAAGUAGGUUACGCCAUUCGUUUUGAAGACUGCACUUCGGAGAAAACGGUCAUCAAGUACAUGACCGAUGGUAUUUUGCUGAGGGAAAGCUUGCGAGAAUCCGAUUUGGAUCAUUACAGCGCCGUAAUUAUGGACGAGGCGCACGAACGCUCGCUCAGCACAGACGUUCUCUUCGGGCUGCUCAGAGAAAUCGUAGCUAGAAGACACGAUCUCAAAUUAAUCGUGACUUCAGCCACGAUGGACAGUAGUAAAUUUUCCAUGUUCUUCGGGAACGUUCCUACCUUUACUAUACCUGGAAGAACCUUUCCAGUAGAGACUUUGUUCAGCAAGAACCCUGUCGAGGAUUAUGUGGACGCUGCGGUGAAACAAGCCCUGCAAAUCCAUCUUCAGCCCCCUUCGGGCGAUAUACUUAUCUUCAUGCCUGGUCAAGAGGACAUUGAAGUCACCUGCGAAGUGUUGACAGAACGUUUAGGGGAAAUCGACAACGCGCCAGAAUUGUCGAUAUUGCCCAUCUACUCUCAAUUGCCGUCCGAUUUACAAGCCAAGAUAUUCCAGAAAUCCGCGGAGGGUAUAAGGAAAUGCGUGGUUGCUACGAAUAUAGCGGAAACCUCUCUAACAGUAGAUGGUAUAAUUUUCGUGAUCGAUUCUGGUUAUUGUAAAUUGAAAGUGUAUAAUCCGAGGAUAGGUAUGGAUGCUUUGCAAAUUUACCCCAUAAGUCAGGCGAACGCCAAUCAACGUUCGGGCAGGGCUGGUCGAACGGGCCCCGGCCAGGCUUUCAGAUUGUACACCGAACGACAGUACAAAGAUGAAUUGCUAAUAACAACGGUACCCGAGAUCCAAAGGACCAAUUUGGCCAACACGGUACUGCUGCUAAAGUCGUUGGGCGUGCAGGAUUUGUUGCAGUUCCAUUUCAUGGAUCCUCCUCCGCAGGAUAACAUUUUGAAUUCGUUGUACCAAUUGUGGAUAUUGGGCGCUCUCGAUCACACCGGCGUUUUGACCAAAUUAGGUCGCCAGAUGGCCGAAUUUCCGCUGGAUCCACCCCAAUGCCAAAUGCUGAUAGUCUCAUCGCAAAUGGGCUGCACGGCCGAAAUUCUCAUUGUAGUCUCCAUGUUAUCCGUACCAUCGAUCUUCUACCGGCCGAAAGGCAGGGAAGAAGAAGCGGACGGCGUCCGAGAGAAGUUCCAAGUGCCCGAAAGCGAUCAUUUGACAUUCCUGAACGUAUACAACCAAUGGAAGCAAAACAACUACUCGUCGCAUUGGUGCAACGAGCACUUUAUACACGUGAAAGCCAUGAGGAAGGUGCGAGAGGUGCGACAGCAAUUGAAGGAUAUAGUUAUGCAGCAGAAAUUGGAGAUCAAAUCGUGCGGCACCGAUUGGGAUGUGGUUAGAAAAUGCAUUUGUUCGGCCUACUUCCAUCAAGCCGCUCGAUUAAAAGGUAUCGGUGAAUAUGUAAACUGCAGAACGGGCAUGCCCUGCCACUUGCAUCCCACCUCCGCCCUUUUCGGUUUGGGAAACACCCCCGAUUACGUGGUGUACCACGAAUUAGUGAUGACCGCCCGAGAGUACAUGCAAUGCGUGACCGCCGUCGACGGGCAUUGGCUCGCCGAGCUGGGUCCCAUGUUCUUUUCGUUGAAGGAAACCGGAAAAUCCGGCAGGGCCAAGAAGAAACAAGCGGCCGAGCAUCUGCUCGAAAUGGAAAAUCAGAUGCAAGUGGCGCAGGAGGAGAUGAAGGCGAGGAAAGAGGCGGCGGAGAAGAAAGUGGCCGCGUUGCAUAAGGGACAGGAAAUCGUGUCCGCCGGCGCUACACCGAGAAGGACCCCUUCGAGAUUCGGAUUGUAG